AUGCUGUGUUUGUGCCUGCUGAUCACUUCAAGUAUCGUAUUGCGCAUGUUCCCCGAUCCCUUGAUCCUGCUGUUCUGGUUGCCACUGACCUCUGACUCGUUCAAGCCCUACUUGGUUUCGUCUUUCAAGGGAGUUGUGACCAUAGCUGCGCCCUGUCCACCUGCGGACAUUGUGUUUACAAGUGCUGAGCUUGGUUGUACUCUGUUACUUCAGCAUCUUCCUGGUCCUGCCAGUGGUGGUCCUCCUCUUGUCCCGUCCCGCCAUGUUGAAGAUGCGAGCCCAAAGCGAAAGAGUCGGCGAGCUGACUCUGAAAAUGCUUCUGUUGGUCCUGACAAUGGCCAUGGUGCUGACACUCGGGGUGGAGCUAAGGGAGGGGUUCUUUCUACUAAUCCGUUUGGUCCUUUGGAUGAUGCCUAUCAAGUUGCUUUUCCGCCUUUGCCCAACGCUGGUGUUGCUCGGGAGCUCGCUUCGACCGAACCUGAGUUUGAGCUUGGAACCCUGCCUAAUCUCGGGAACACAUGUUUUGCGGCUGUGGCUGUCCGUUGUUUGGCUCACAUUGUCAAAAAGUCGGAUUUGCGCUCGUCUGUCCUUCAAGAUGUUUCCUUGAGGCGUUUGUUGGAUGACUUGUCGCCGGCCCAGUGGACGCGCUUCAUCAAACAUCAUCACCUCGAGCAUGGUCAGCAGCAAGAUGCUGCUUUGUGGUUGCAGAAGUGGUUGGACUCUGAGUCGGUUUUGUGUUCGUUGAAGUCUCGUGCUCAUGUUGUUUUGCUGAACAUGCGGAAGCUGUGUCUAAGUCACGAUUGGCUGUUGUAUGACGAUGGAACUUGUCGUGUUGCCUCUGCUGAAGACAUCUUGGAUAUGCCUUCUUCCUGGUCGUUUGUGUUGUAUCGUCGGCGUUGUGAAGGAUCGUCGCCGCAGUCUCCUGCUGUUGUUGUUAACAUCGCUGCCUUGCCUGCAUCAUGUGCUGAUGCCGUUCCUUCGUCAAACCCUCCUGUUGCCCACCCCACGGUUGGUCCUUGCAGGGAUGACCGUCCUGACAUGCCGUCUGCUGACAAGCGUGCUGACAGUGUCAAUGAUUCCAGCGGCCCUCUCCAUGCUGAUUUGCGCAGCUUGCUUGCGGUUUUGUCUCAGCGGGUUGAUGCGCUUGAGGUUGAAGUGCAAUGUCUUCGGGGAGCUGGUUCCCUUCAUGAGAAGCUUGUGUCCUUGGCUUGUCCGGGUUCUGGCCCGUCCGUGCCUGUGCGCUCAACUCCUGGCGAUGCUUGUUCUCCCGGUGGUGAUCGUCUAGGAGACACGGUUGCGAGCAACCCUGGCUGUGAUGCGGAUAAGCUUGUUGUUGCCUCUUGUCAGGGUCAGACCGGGAUGCAGGCCCAAUCCUUCCCCUGUGGCCCUCCUCCCCCGGUCGUUGUCGAACCUGUUCCUUCGGACGCUUUACCAAAACGGAAAAAGCCAGUCGAAAAACAAAGCAGCAAUCUGUCAUCAAUUCCUGUGGGCUCUUUUCCCCGUUCCACCAAUCCGGCAAUUGUGGCUGAAAUCCUUCGCUUGCAAACUGCUGGCUUUGCUGAAGUUGCUUGGAUUUUUGAGCGCUUGCACGCUGACUCCAUUUUGCUUCCUUUGGCCCAACAGGCGCAAGACGUUGGUGGUUGGAAAAAUCUGGGUGAAGCUUUGACUUAUAACAGUCGUGAAGCUCAAACUCAACUCCAGAAUGAUGGCAUCCAUAGCCCAAGCGUCCGCUGGCUUGUGUUUCGCAUGCUCCAGCGUGGGAGGUAUAAUCGGUUUGCUUCUGUCCUGGCGGCUGGUCAUUGGGACCUCUUGCGUCAGAGUUUGGCUGUGUGCGACGUUCCUGACUGGUGGUCGCCUCCUUGGUGUCGUCCUGUCCAUCGUCCGCAUGCUGCGCAAGCUCGUGGUCGUCGCCCGUUGCUUCCUCAUGAAUGGCAUCGCGCCCAAAGUUCCAAACGCAGUCGCCCCCCUGUUCCUGCUGCUCCUUGUGUUGGUGGCCCUGUCCGUUCGCGCAGUCGUUCCCGUUUUUGCGAUCAAACCUUGCCUGUGCCGGUUGCUCAACCUGCUGUUGUUGGAGCUCGUAAGGUCUCUGUGGCUGUUCCCACCUCUUCUGUGAAGAACAAGAAGAAGCGCAAGGCGAAAGGCCAAGCUGAUGUCAAAGGGGGUGAAACUGAAUCUGGUUCAACUCCUUCCUUGUUUCGGGUUGCUGCUAUGAAUGUGACUUCCCUUUUUCCCCGUGUUGCUGCGGUCUGUGCUCUUACGUUUGGUCUGGCGUGUGUCUCGGAGACUGCUCUCACCGGUACCGGGCAAGCCAGUGUUACUAUGCGACUGCAGCAGUCAGGGCGUUGUGUAGUUUGGGGCGCUCCUGUGCAUGGUCCUGGCGUUUCGUCGUCUCGAGGUGUUGCCUUGAUUGGUGGUCCUGGCGUUCGUCUUUCGCCGCUUGAUCUCCCGGAUUGUCUGUUGGAUUAUUGGGCCGAUGGUCGUAUUGUUGCUGGCAAAGUGUCUCAGCAGUUUGGCAAAGCGGAUAUUACUUGUGUUGCGUGCUACGGUCACACACAUGAUGUUCAACGCCGAGAAGACAUGCUGAGCCAGAUUGUUGGUUGGGUGCUGUCGUUGCCCGGUCAUGUCCUUGUCGCUGGGGAUCUCAAUUCCUCUCUUCAGGAUUCACUUGCUUUACACCAGCUCGUGCGGCAGGGUUAUCGAACGGCCAAUCCUCAGGAAGUUGUGACAUGCUGUGCUCAUAACUCUCACACGGGUUCCGUUAUCGACCAUGUCCUUUUUUCUCCUUCAUUGUUGCAGUCCUUUGUGUGUGGGGAGGUUCUCUCUGCUGCUCCCUUCCCCACCCACCGACCCGUUUGCGCUCAUUUGAUUUCAAUCCUGCUAAUGACUCUUGGAGUGUUUUGCAACCUCCUCGGUCUUUCCCUCUUUCCGAGUGUGUCUCCCGUUCUGUUAAGUCCCAGGAUUGGUCUGCUGACUUUAUUCAUGUCUCUAAUCUCCUUGAAGAUGAACGCCCUGAUGAUGCGUAUGCUCUAUGGACCCAACUCGCUGAAUGUGAACUUGCGCGGCAGUGCCGACUUGGUGGAAAAACUGUGUGCUCCUCCCAUUUCGGUCGCGCUGUUGUUCCUGCUCUUAGGGUUUGUGAUCCGCAGUCUCUUCGGCUCCAAGGUGAUGUUGACUUUCGUCGACUUGAACGCGCUCGUGCUGGCUUAG